AUGGGAUUAAGCAUUGAGAGUGAUAAGUGUGUGCUUUGUGGUGUUGAGGCUGAAAUUAGGGAUCACUUGUUCUUUGAUUGUGAUUUUGUGAGGGAGUUGUGGGGUGACAUCCUUACUUUGUGUGAUGUAACUCAUAGGGUUAGCUACGGGGAUAGGGAGUUGGCAUGGAUCGUUCACUGUUUUAAAGGGAAAUCUCUCCUUGUGAGGGUGAUUAAGCUUGCUUGGGCUGGUCAUGCGUAUGACAUUUGGAAGGAGAGAAAUAGUAGGCUUUUUGGGGGGAAAACUAGACUGGUGGGUAAUGUAUUGAAGGACAUCAAAGAAACUAUUCAGAUUCGGCUAAAAGGAUGGACUAUCAACAAUGUUGAUCCUAGGAACGAUUCCCUUUGUGUGAAAUGA